AUGGGUCAUUGCACGAGUAAAGAUCAGAAAGAAGGCAAACGCCUGAACCGUCGGAUCGAUGAGCAAAUCAAGAAGGAUCAAUCAAUGAGUCUGCGGAUCAUAAAACUAUUACUUUUAGGAGCCGGAGAGAGUGGGAAGAGUACAAUACUGAAGCAGAUGAGGAUAUUGCACAAAGACGGCUUCUCACAACAAGACCUGGAAAUGAUCCGGCCGGUUGUCUACUCCAAUUGUAUUCACAGUAUGCUAUCGAUUCUCCGAGCCAUGUUUCAUUUGCAAAUCGAAUAUGGUGAACCGGAUCGAGUGCGAGACUCCCAAUUGGUAUUUGCCACGGUUCAUGCUAACAAGGAAGAGCUAACGGAAGAGCUGGCACAAGCGAUGCAGAGGUUAUGGCACGAUCCGGGAGUUCGGGAAUGCUACAGGAGGAGUAACGAGUAUCAGAUUGAUGAUUCGGCGAAGUAUUUUCUGGAUAACCUACCUCGUCUAUCUUCCCCUAGCUACGUGCCAAGUGAACAAGAUUUGCUACGAACCCGGAUAAAAACCACAGGAAUAACAGAAGUGUUAUUCGAACUCAAAGGAUUAACAUUCCGAGUAAUUGAUGUUGGUGGUCAACGAUCCGAAAGAAAGAAAUGGAUUCAUUGUUUUGAUAAUGUCAAUGCGAUUAUCUUCAUUUCAUCGCUAUCCGAAUACGAUCAGACGCUGCGGGAAGAUAAUUGCACAAACCGAAUGCAAGAAUCGCUAAAAUUGUUCGACUCAAUCUGCAACAGUCCAUGGUUCGCUGACAUUCAUUUCAUUCUGUUCCUGAACAAAAAGGACCUGUUUGCCGAGAAAAUCGUGCGAUCCCCGCUUACAGUAUGCUUCCCGGAAUACAAGGGACAGCAAAAUCAGACCGAGUGUAUUAAUUAUAUUCAAUGGAAGUUUGAACAGUUGAAUCGCUCGUCCCAACGAGAAAUCUACUGCCAUCACACUUGCGCCACCGACACCAACAAUGUACAGUUCGUGUUGGAUGCUUGUUUGGAUAUGAUCAUCGCCAAGAAUCUCAAAUCGAUGGGAUUGUGUUAA